AUGGGCGGCGAGCCUCCAGACGAUGCCAAUGUUGUCGAGAUCACCUCAGCAACCUAUGGUAGCAAAGACGUGACGACCUCUGUCAACUCUUCCUUCCAAGCAUAUUACAGCACCAGCCCUAGGAGUCGUUCAUAUAGUCUUGCAGCAUCCAACGCAGUUUUUGGAGAUCCUAAUCCCAAUGUGUUGAAAGCGUUUGUAGUGGUAUGGCGAUACUCAUUCAAGGUUCCCAACGGGGAAGUACUUUGGAGCGACUUCAAGAGUCUUGCUGCAACUGAAGGAGCCAGUGUCACCCUGACAUGGGGUGACACGAAUAUUACACCAUGGCAGUCGCCCGCUCCCGGACCCAAUGGGCUCUAUGUCAUUGCAGCGUAUUGGUUCAAUUCAAAUCGCACGUCAAGUGUAUCGGGGCUGGCUAGACAGUGGGCGAAUCCUUACAAAGGCCUGGUCCUCAAUGUCAGCCCAGGAUCUCUCGGAGCCGAUCCUAAUCCUAGCCUGAUAAGUGAGCAGUUCACUGUGGUUUAUGGGACAUGGGUAGCAGGGAAUUACUGGGACUUUCAGACUUCAGUCGGUAAUGGUAGUGGCUCUUGGACGUUGACCUUGCCACUUUGUUUCCCACCUUUGAGUCUCCCAAACAUGCUCACCAAGGAUACGUACGUCACCUUCCAAAACCGACAAUUUGAUCGGAACUCGACAAACGUUGUCAUCUACCCUGUUAUUUACGAUGCGCUCAGUCGAGACAUGGUAUGGGAUGGACGAAAGAAUAGCUACGGCAUCAGCAAAGGCGGGAGUCGUGACCUUCACCUUGUCAAUGAUGCAGGCUGUGAAGAGCGUGGCAAGUACUUUUUAGGAUUCACCACUGCCGAUGGGGAGACGGUGCGAGGCUGCUGGGAUACUUAUGUAAUUGCGACCUCUUCAGCCAUGCGGCCCUUCCCAUUUUCAUGCUACUGGCAAUGGACGAUCGACGGGGUUGAAGUUCUAUUCGACUAUGCUAAUUACAACAAGCCAUACAAGUACUCGUCCGCAGAUCUGCGGUUGAACAUAUACUCUGUGACUUGGGGCUCGUCAGACGUAACAGAUAUCAUUCGCCAGCAAUACAUCAGCCAGACGAUCAACGACCCAAACUACAUUCCCUCCGACACUUCCAACCAAUGGUCGAUUCCUGCAUCAAACACAACCCUCGUAAAAGAUCCCAAUCCGGGAGGCGGCAAAGUCUGCGUGAUCGUCUACCGGCUCGCGUACAAGAUCGGCGAGACGGACGGCCUGAUCCAAGGCUACAACGACCCCAAACCAUGGGAAGCCGCGUACACGACGAACAAAAUCCAGCCCGUGCACACGAACCGCUACCCCGUGCUGCGUGACUACACGGCCUUUUACUGGAAAGCGGCCAGAGAGGGUACCACAAUUAACUUCAACUUACUCACCGAACCGACGGACGUGUGGGCGCCCCCCAACGGGCCAACAUUCUACCCCUACAUCGCGGCCGCCGUCUGGUGCGACCGAGGCGUCACAGGCUGGGUGCAAGACUACCUCGACGAGCAUCCCAGUAACAGCGGCGCCGUCUCCGUACCCGUCAGCACAUCAGGCAUGGGCACCUACAUCGACGUGCCCGAUCCUUGGAUUGGGGUCGCCAAGCAGCUCACCUGUCUCGUGGGCUAUGCGGGGGGUGGUACAGAUUCUAAUCACGUCGUCUGGAAGACGUAUGUGGAUCUGGGCACCGCGAACCCCUGGUACUUCAGCUUGCCCAAGACGGCCGCGCCGCCGAAAUUCCCGCAGCAAAUGCCAGUUCCCAAUGAAUUGCCACCGGUGGAUCUGAUCUGGUAUCGCAAUCGGACGGCGUUUGAUGUCUGGCCGAAUGUGGUUGUCGAUAAUGGGACUGUUGUGUGGGAUGGCGGGAGGAAGGAUAAUCCGGAUUUGUGGAAGAUCGCGCCGAACACCGACAAAACGAUCAAACUCAGCGCCUUGACAUCAUGUCAGGAGAACAACUUCUACAGCCCCACAUUCGACGUCAGUGCGGACACGUAUCCGCCGUUUAGUGGCUGGGUGAGGCAUUCGGCUUUGGAGCCGCAGUGGCUCAUGACGAUGACGUAUGGAAUGAACAGCACGGAGCCAUGGCGGUAUACCAUAUUGAAGGAGAUGAAGAAAUUGGGGUCGUAG